GUGGAGGAGGAGGUCAGAGCGGGGGCGGGGGGCAGAGUCCAUGUGCAGGGGCUGAGUCCCAGCAUUCCUGGCAUGGGAACAGCCUGGGAUCAAUACCAGCGCGUCCCGGCAGGUCAGGGACCGAACGGGCUGCCCCUACUGCCCCUCCAGGCCGGCCCCCUGGGGGAAGCGGGAGAGCUGGGCACUGCUGCCCAAUCACUGGUGCCAGGAAGUGGGUGACAGGAUGCCAGGUUCUAUGCAUGGUGCUGGAACUGAGCGAGUCCUCUCCACGGCCUGUGCCUCAGUUUCCCCAGCAGGGCGAACAAUGCCAGCCACCCUGGUUAAGGACAACGUGAGAUUAUCCUGUAGCAAAAGGGGCUCAGCUCCCCGAAACACAAGCCUAGUCCAGGGCACCCUGGGCAGACCCCCGGCAGCAACAUCAACCCUGUUGUCUCACUCAAGCCCCCGCGCAGGCCAAGCAAUUGUAAAUAGCUUUGAUGCAGGUGUGUGUGUGCACGAGGGACCAUGUGUGCAAGGGCAGCACGUGUGUGUGCGAGGGACCCUGUAUGAGAGGGUGUGUACAUGAGGGACCAUGUGUGCAAGGGACCGUGUGUUUGGGCGACACGUGUGUGUGUGAGGGAAGCACAAGUGUGUGUGUGAGGGCAGCGUGUGUGUGUGUGAGGGCAGCGUGUGUGUGUGUGAGGGCAGUUCAUGUGUUUGUGUGUGAAGGUGGCACGUGUGUGCGCGAGGGCAAUGUGUGGGAAGGGAAGGGAUGGGGCCAAUUCCCUCUGACUAACAUGGUGCUCACGGUGUUUGUGAUCGCCCAGUGGGUGCCCUCGUGUCGUGGCCCAGCCAUGCCACCGCCAGGGCAGCAGGCAUCGUGGGCACAGAGCGCCGCCCGCCUGCGCCACGCAGCCCCCAACCCUGGGUCUGUCUCUCCCCUAGACGUGCUACUGGACGACGUCAUCCUCACUCACUCGCUCUUCCUGCCGACCGAGCGCCUGCUGCAGCAGCUGCACCAGCGCUUCCUGCUGGCGUCGGGGAGCCCUUCGCCCGGCUGGGAGGAGAGCGACGCGCUCCCAAGGAAGCGGGCCGUGCUGACCGUGCUCCUGCACUUCCUGGAGACCUACAAGGGCCUACUGCAGGAGGAGGAGAGCGCUGGGAAAGUCAUCAAGGAUCUCUACCUGCUGAUCAUGAAAGACACUUCCCUCUACCCGGAGCUGGAAGACGAGAUCCUGAGACUGCACCAGCUGGUGGAGACGGUGGAGCUGAAGGUGCCCGAGGAGACCCCGCCACCCAGCAAGCAGGUCAAGCCGCUUUUCCGGCACUUCCGGCGCAUCGACUCCUGCCUCCAGACCCGGGUGGCCUUCCGGGGUUCGGAUGAGAUCUUCUGCCGCGUGUACAUGCCCGACCACUCCUACGUCACCAUCCGCAGCCGCCUCUCGGCCUCGGUGCAGGACAUCCUGGCCGCGGUGACGGAGAAGCUGCAGUACUCGGAGGAGCAGAGCGCCCGUGGGGAAGCCCUCGCCCUGGUGGUGGUGGCAUCGUCUGGAGAGAAGGCCCUGCUGCAGCCCAACGAGGACUGCGUCUUCACCACGCUGGGCAUCAACAGCCACCUCUUCGCCUGCACGAAGGACGCCAUUGAGUCGCUGGUCCCGCUCCCCGAGGAGAUCCAGAUCUCGCCGGGCGACACUGAGUUCCACCGCGUGGAGGCCGAGGAAAUAGCCAAUCACAUGACGGCCUUUCACUGGGAGCUCUUCCGCUGUGUCCACGAGCUGGAGUUUGUGGACUACGUUUUCCAUGGGGAGCGGGGCCGGCGGGAGACGGCCAACCUGGAGCUGCUGCUGCAGCGCUGCAGCGAGGUGCAGCACUGGGUGGCCACCGAGAUCCUGCUGUGCGAGUCGCUGGGCAAGCGCGCACACCUGCUGAAGAAGUUGAUCAAGAUCGCAGCCAUCUGCAAGCAGAACCAGGACAUGCUGUCGUUCUACGCCAUGGUGAUGGGGCUGGACAAUGCGGCCGUCAGCCGGUUACGGCUCACCUGGGAGAAGCUUCCGGGCAAGUUUAAGAACCUGUUCCGGAAGUUUGAGACUCUGACGGACCCCUGCCGGAAUCACAAAACCUACCGGGAAGUCCUCUCCAAGAUGAACCCGCCCCUCAUCCCCUUCGUGCCCCUCAUCCUGAAAGACCUGACGUUUGUGCACGAGGGCAGCAAGACGCUCCUGGACGGGCUGGUGAACGUGGAGAAGCUGCACUCAAUCGCCGAAAAAGUGAGGACAAUCCGGAAGUACCGCAGCCGCCCCCUGAGCCUGGAUUUGGAGGCCUCGCCCAGCCAGCUGCAGACCAAGGCUUACGUGCGGCAGUUGCAGGUGAUCGACAAUCAGAACCUGCUCUUCGAGCUGUCCUACAAGCUGGAGGCGAGCAGCCAGUGACAGCCGGGGGGCGCUGGGUCCCUCACACUACAGCACUUUGGCCGGCCGCGGCCCCGGCUCGCCCCUGUGCUUGGGGAGACGUGGGGCCUGCUGCUGCGGCACUUUGUGGUUUACAGAGUCGGCUGGACUUUAAACACGCGGAACUUCCCCCUCGGGGGUGGGGUGGGGGGCGACACCUGCUGUGCAGACGGGGUGGGGUGGGACUGGCUUUCGGUCUAGCUUUAAACUCCAGCCCGGGGGGUUAUGUGGCCCUCAUAGCGCUCUGAGGCUGGGUUUCAUUUCCCAUUAGACUCACCUUGCCCCUCAGUUUCUCCCCCAUCUCUGCCCCUCACUUACCUACGCCAAGGGCAGGGGCCGCAGUCUGCCUGGGCCAGCGCUAAGGGCACUUGUGUAACCCCAUUGCCUUUAAACCCUGCCUGUCUGCUCCACGGAUCCGCUCGUGCCCUGAAGCAUGGCCCUGCCCUGGCCCCCAGCCACCCUCCACUGCUAUAGCAGGGACUCUUCACCUAGGAUGAAGCCAACCCCCCAUCCCAUCGUGCCCCUUGGCGGGAUGGGAGCCACUCCCUACAGCCAGCUGCAUCUGGCCCCAAGGAGCCCCAUGGUAGCAUGUCGAGAGGAUAGCAGCCCUGCGGGAGUGGGGGUCAAGUGUGGGGUGAGGUGGCGGCGGGGGAGCCCCAGAACCCUGUUCCCUGCAAUUCUAUUUUUGUACCUGUCCUUUUUGUCAUGCUGUAAACUCCGCAAGGAAGUUCUCUUUCUAUAUAUUCAGGGUCUUUCUGUUUGUCACUGCUGAGUGUCUCGCCUGCGGCCUGGGUGGCUCCCUGGCCUAACACGAGAAUGUAUAU